CACUUUGCAAACCUUACAAUGCUAUUAUGUUAGCUUUUAUUAUUAUUUAUACCCAAUUGUCACACUGCAGUGAUCUUUAUUUAGGUUAUUAACUGUUUCAGAUCAAGGACUUGGGUCCUCAGUGGUAAAGUCACUUGCUGAAAGACACGCGGCUAGUAAUUGAAAGAAAUUAAAGUGUGUAAAAAAUUUACAUGUGUAAUUUACUUGCUUUUUUAAUUUAACAAACACCAAGUUCCUACUCGAAGCAAAGCACCACACAGGGCAAGGUACUACAGCCGGAGGGGCUGAAUGUUCUCAGGCCGCAGGGGUCGUUACCUCUAAAAAGUAAACUCCAACCUCAGCCCCGCCCCCCCAGCCCAGACUCAGGGUGAGCGGGCGCGCCGCUUCAGGACAGCAGACGGCGCUGUCAGCAAGCAGGCCGGCAGCUCGCUCCAGCAUGGGGGCCCCGCAGCGGCCCGGGUGGUUCGGUUUUGGCUUCCGCGGCUUCGGGCAGGCCCUGGGCUCGGAGCGGGGGCUGCGGAGCAGCCUACACGGGCCCGAGCCGCUGGUGCUGGAGGACAUCCAGGAGGGAGACCCGGCGAAGGCCCAGGCUGCGGUCACCGACGUCUGCCAAGUGCGGCCAAGCUGGAGCUUCACCGGCUUCUUGACUCGAGACUGGCGUCUAGUGUUGUCGGGCUCUGUGAACGGCCAGCUUUCCGGCUGCAGGGACGCGUUGGCCUCAGAGCAGCAUGUGCUAGUGCUGCGCAUGGAGGUGGAGGGAACCCCAGCAGAGGUGCAGGCCUGGGCUGCAGCCUCUGAGCUGCAAGGGGAACCCCUGUGGACGUGGAAGAUCCUGCGUCAGGGAGACUGGGAGAAGGAUUCUGGCUCUGGGGACCAGGCUGGAGGUCAUGGAGGAAGCCCCCUGGAUCCUGCUUUGCUACCCUUAGUUCCCGAGCCAGGGUGGUAUGUGAGCCCCAGGCAGCCUUUCUCCCAGCCCCUGGCCCCUGAGCUGAAGGCCCGACAGCUGGUGCUGGGGGCAGAGCAUGCCCUGCUGCUGGGUGGAAUGGGGCAGGUGUACACGUGGGGCACAGGCAGACUUGGGCAGCUGGGCCACGGGGCUCUGGAGGCAGAACUGGAGCCCCGGCAGGUGGAGGCACUUCAGGGCCUAGCCAUGGCCCAGGUUGCAGCUGGCGGAUGGCAUUCUCUCUGCGUGAGUGAGGCUGGUGAUCUCUAUAUCUGGGGCUGGAAUGAAUCUGGGCAGCUUGCACUGCCUUCCAGAGCCAUAGCAGAAAGAGAGAAGACAGUUGCAGGUGGAGAUGGUGAACUCUAUACUUGGGGCUGGGGUAAAUAUGGACAACUUGGUCACAAGGAUACGGCCAGUUUGGAUCAGCCCCAACGGGUAGACUAUUUCACAGACAAUCUGCUCCAUGUGGAAGCUGUGAUCUGUGGCCCGUGGAACACUUACGUGUAUGCUGUGGAAGGGAAGAACUGAUCUUCUAGCCAGCUGGACAAAACCACAUUGUAGCUGAAGAAUCUGAGUCAAUUGUGUGUCACUGUGUCUUUUUAUAGGUAUAGAAAACAAAUUAGGGAAAAAAGGGUAGAAAACCCUUGCCCCUGUUUAUAUAUGUAUUGGCACUGGCAAUUAUUAGCAAGGCAAGAAACCAAGGGUUGGUUUGGGGCAUGCCUAGUUCUAAAUUACCUCUAGCCCAACCCUAAAAUUUGCUUCCUUAAAAAUCUUGAAAACAAACUUUCAGGUAAAAUAAUUCAGGUCUCCUAAAGUUACUUUUUAUCUUUGGCAGCUUUGAAAUGCUAAUGACAGAUAUGUAUACCUUUUAACUUUAGCAUUCAAAAGCUGUUCUAUACAACCUAUCCAUCCAUACCUUGGAUGGUUUCAGGGGGUUUGCCCCAGGUGUUCCCCACCCCCACUUUAGCCCCCAAAUAUUCAUAACCUAAGUCUCUGGUGAUGUGCCCCUCUCCACUUAAGAGACCAAUUUUCAAAACCUUUAUAGCUGUGUAGAACCUGUUGAGGCCGGCAUUCUUCCAGUCACCAGGGGCACUUCCCAGGAGAGUGAGGCCUGAGAGAGGGGACUCUGUGCAGGGAUGUAUGGGAAGAAAUGAAGAUGUUUUGGCUAUCCUUUUGAAAAUUGGAAAAGGGAGGGGGCAGCUAGGUGGCCUAGUGGACAGAGCACUAGCCUUGAAGUCAGGAGGACCUGAGUUCAAA